CGAAUAAGUUGUUUCACAAAGUCACAACCUAGGACUGAUAUUGACCUCUCAUUUAUCCACCAGAGCGUGAAAUGGGAGGAUCCCCCGGAUGACCAAAAUAAGGUUGUGGGGAAUAUGAAGGAUGAAACAGAGACACAUGAGACCAACAAGAACAGGACUGGAGGCAAGGCUAAACGUAAGUCCAGUGGCCGUGCCAAGAAGACUUCCGUGGAGGAGGACAGCAGCAUUGGUGCAGAGUCUUCUCAGACACCCGGGUGUGGUUUCCGGGAAAGGGGAUCUAUCAUUGAGCAGCUGGAGAAGGAGGCUCAGAGGACUCUAAUGCCUUCUCUCAAGAUUGAGACAUGCUGUGCCCCAAUCCUCCUCUCCUUCCUGAGGAGUCUAACUGAUGACCAAUGGAGAGUGAUUCAGCAUGGCAUGAAAAAUAACCUCACAUUCGAGCAGCUCUCCAUGCUGUGUCUGAAGAUUGUUAAAGUCGUGACCCAGACAGCCCUCCGGAUUCUCCUACCAGCGCUAGCUCGUAUCAUGGGGGUGAACCUGAGGAGUGGGGCAACCUCCCCAGAAUCCCAGUGCUCUCUGACAGGGUCUGAGGAUUCCUUAGGCAGUCUGGAUGAGAGAGAGAAAAGGCUGCUGACCAGUGAGAUGAACUACUGGACUAAGGAGAGGAGGAGGAAUGGCAGUGCAGGGUGCCGCCAUAAAUCCACUCGCAGAACCUCAUCACCAUGCUGUUCGCCUAAGAGGUCCCAGACCUCAUUGCAGAGCUUGCCUGCAACUAGAGAGGCUCCCCUCAUGGAGGAGCCUCUAAAGGCUCUUUUUGGGGUAACGGAAGAGAGCCUCCUGAUAUCCCUGGUUGAGGGUCACUCCAACCCCACCUCCUCCAGCUCCUCCGAUUUGAGCUGUGCUAUCGUGGGAGAGGUAGUACACCAGCUUAACUCUGGCCUCUCAGUGGCCAUUCAGGCCAGCUCGGGAGUUGCCCCCUAUGGACAGUCAGGACAUAGCAGCAGGCAAGGAGGUCAUUCGGGUAGUCUCGGUGCAGAUCCUGGCCGAGCUACAGAGCCAAACGUCUGAGCCAGAGUGGGUAGGGUUUAUC